AUGAACGGUCGCCCAAACAGCACACUCUCAUUGAUUCCCCAUCCCAAGCUGCAGACUUUGAGAUCACAGAAGGGAGAUCCCAAAGGCAGUAGCCUGGAUGAGGUGUCAAUGACUUUGUGUUGUUUGCUCAACUGCUGGUUGGUGUUCGUGGUGUCGCUGGACGAUGGCAUGGAGCUGCUCUCAAGCCGGCGGCGUGGGGGCGAAGUAGACGUCUGCUUUGGCCAGCACGACUUGGUAGGCUGCUGCGCAGAUGGCUGGCCAGUGAGCUGUCACACAGAUCUACAGCUUCAGGACAUUGCAUUGGGGGAGCUCAGUUGA